AUGGUUGGCGUUCCGGGAAAAUACAAAGGCUGCGAGACCUGCCGCCUGAAGCGAGUCAAGUGCGACAACAAGCGGCCGUUUUGCCAGAAAUGUCUUGACAACAACCGCCCCUGCGCCGGUUACGAGCGCGAAGCUGUCUUCAUCAUCGGCACACUCGAAGACCAAGGCCGCUGCUCCUCCCACCCGCCACGCAUCGUCAAGCCCAAGUCCAAGGCGUCGUCGUCCGGUACCACUGGUGCUACUGCUACGACCACAUCAAGGGCGGCAUCGAGGGCUGGAUCCAGAGCAGGCUCGAGAAGAGUGAGCCCUGCUGGACUGGCGGCGGCGGAUGCGGCACUUUAUGCGGCCGCUGUGACUCCUGAUGCGUCUACAUCUGCUGGUUCGACCUCGGUUUUUCUCGCGACUCCGACUCCGGCUGCGAGAGCGACGGGUUUUGAAACAACAACAACAGCAGGAGCAACAGCAGGGCUGGAUUACGCUGCAGAUGGAUACACCAGCGGUGGUACAGUUGACCCCUUCGAGGCGUGGGCAGCCUUUGGGUGUGAAGAGAAAUGGCAGAGCGAAAUGGGACUAAACACCAAAACCGACCCCACCAUGUCGCCGUCAGCGGUAGUACAGGGCGUGCCGCGGCCGGCGUGGGAGGAUACAGUGGAUGUGUCCUGGCAAGGCGUGGGAUAUCAACUCGGGAUGGCGGGAUGCCGGACGGAGUUGGAGAAAGUCGGGCGGAGGGGGGGAUCCAGCAGCAUGGACUUCGAUGGGAGCGGGACGACCAACAGGGUGACGUUGUCGCUACCAGAGUACCGCGCGCCGGACGUGCGGCCGGCGAUGGAUGGGGCGGAUUUCCGGCUGGGGCACAACAACUCGACGGUUUUCAGCAACCAACCACAUUGGAAGGACACACCCACACACGAUGCGGUACGGCGGCUUGGGCCGGGCCAUUUUAGGUCGUUCCCGGCGCACCACUUCUUUGCGCGGGUUUACCGACCCAAUGUUAUCAUGACCGCCAUUCUAAACCGUACCCCCACAUUUCUUUUCGAGAACCACUGGCUUGUCACUCCUUACGAACACCAUCCUAAAGCGCCCCUCGACCGACUCCUCGACCAAGUCGUCCUGCUCCCGGCCUUGCUCACCCGCGCCGACCACCUCUUUGCACAAGAGUCGACCCUCUCCCGUCGACUCCUCGCUCAGGACCUGCUCUGGAACUGUCUGGAUUUUGAGCUGGGACUGAGUCGGUGGUAUGAGUCAAUGCAGCAGCAGCAGGAUGAGGGGGGUGAGAAUUCAACAGGGGGCCGGAAACCUGGGAGUACAGGGUCGGGACUACCCUACCGCUCAGCCCAUAUGACGGUGGCCAUAUUGUAUUACUGGAGCUCUGUGGUGGUUUUCUACCCGACCAUCUGGCGGCUAUACUUUGCAGCGGCGGUCGACCCGGUCACGGUAUACACGCCCGAGACUGCGACGACACCGGGGCUUUCAGUGCCAGGGGACCUACCCCGGAGCUUCCCUUAUCUUCAUCAACACCACCAACAACAACAACAAAAACAACAGCAACUACAACCCCCGACAUCCCACCCACCCGACGCUCAUGACCUCCCCGUCCCCGUCCCGCCCUGCCUCGACAGCGUCGACCCCAUGCGCUUCGCCCUACCCCGCGUCCGUGAAGCCGCCAACCACAUCUGUCGUACCCUCGACUAUCUCCUUGUGAAUCGACCUCUUGCCACAGCCGUCACUACCGUUGCCCAGCCGGCAGCCGAGUUCCACCCCCAGGGCGACUUUGCCUGGGGUUCCGAAUGGAAUUUCCCGUCCUUGUCCUCCUCAUCGUCGUCCUCUUCAUCAUCACCAUCAUUAUCAUCAUCACCAAUUGAGCCAAUGGCCGGGCCAUCAGCAACAAUAACAACAGCCGAAAUACCGCCACGAUCAUCUGACCUCUCUGACCUCCUCUGGCACCCUCUCUUCGUCGCGACUCGUUUCUACAGCGAGCUGGAAGGCGUGCCUGUUCGCAUGGAUAUGAAUGCGAAUAUCCUUGCCUCGCCUACCACGCCCACCACAGCUACGGGAAUAACUUCCGAUACGAUACCUGGACACAGCCACAGCCACAGUGGUGGUGGAAGUGGUGGUAGUGGUAAGGGCAAAGGACCCGUCACACACGAAGGCCGGCUGGAGCUGAUGUGGUGUGAGGAUCUACGGGGCCGGAUGCUGGAGUGUGGGGGGGAGAGGGCGAAGGCGGUGAUGGGCAGGCGGUGGGUGGGUGUGGAUUUGGGGUUGUUGGGUUAG